UUGCCGAUCCAAAGGCCUGGCUCAGGAGUGAUCCUGUGCCACCUGUACCAUCAAGAUCAAGAUCAAGAUGUACCAUCAAGAUCAAGAUCAAGAUCUCUUGGAGCAAUUUUUAAGGCUUCUUGAUGUACUCGUGAAGUUGGGUUAGGAGAUGACAUUGGAACUCUAAUCCCUAAAUACGUGGGAAGGAAAGAUUCUCAUUCAGAGAAUUGAAUGGAUACCUUGAAUAUGAGUGAUCUCAGUGGCAGAUCAAUGGAAGUAUUAUUGGAGUCUGAUGAGGAGGAGGCAAGUCUUCUAGAGCAGAUGGACCAACAGGAGACAAGUACAUUAGGGUGGCCCUUAUUUUCGAAAGUUUGAAAAUCCAGUCUCCAAACCCGGAUUCUUGUUCCACUCUAUGAGAAAACCACGCGAGUAAUUUUUUUUUUAAAUCGAAUAAUAUUUACCCGGUGCUCAACGACCUUGAAGUUUUACUAUAUAAGAUCAUUUUCACGUUCAACGAUACAGGGGCUUUGUCGGUGACAAAUGCCGCGGCUCUAUUCUCAGAUGCUCUCGUUGGUGGACUAUGGACCAAGGACUGUGUGUGGCAACUCUCGUCUAGUGCUCCUUUUCCUCUGUCUAGGAUUUGUCUAGUGCUUGGCAGUACUUUUUCAACGUGUUUGCAUGUUUCUGGAGUGCGUUACUAACUGUUGUCAAUCCUUUCUCAUUUUCAGGCUAAGAUGGCUUCUAAGCGACGUUAUCUGUGUGCCCCCAUAAACGAGAUAUCUGGAGCCCAACUUCCAUCCUCUGGAGAAGUUCUGGGCCUCCUGACCUACAAGUUGGACGUAGAGAAGAUGACGGUGGUGGACGCGUCCCGGAAGGUCUCGAAAAUUGUUGAGGCGCUGUGGGCUAAGGCUAGAAUUCCCAUGCAGCGGAUUGACACCGUCGUCAAGAACAUCCAGACCUUGUACAAGGAGUACACCCUUGUACGCAAGAACAAGGCACGGACAACAGGAACACAAGUGAAGAGGGAGGAGGAGUUCAAGGAGCGCCUGGCGAAUCUCUUCGACGUCGCGAAGGCCGGCGCUUUAGAGACAAUGACAAACGAGGAGGACAAAGCUUUUCUUCUCGCUCAACGUGAACCAGGACGCCGGGGACGCAUGGGAGGGGUGGACACAGCACUAGCUGCCCAAGAACAGCGAUCGUCACAGCGGCAAGCGACACAGGAGGUGAGGAAGCGACGCGCGGAGGAGGAGGCGUCGACGUCCGCGGCAAGAGUCCAGUUGGAGGAUUCGUCCUCAACCUCCUCUAGCACCAGCGCCGAAGGAAGCCCCACACUUGGUAUCUCCCCAGUCCCACCCAAACGGCCUCGAGCGAACCUCAACAUCGUCACCCCGGACGUGGCGGCCUCUUUGGAUCGCGUCAAGGUGAGCGACCGUGGCGCAGUGUUCGUCCUCACCGACAGGACAUCGAUCCAAAGCCAGCGCCGUCGUCACCGCGAGCAACUGGCCUCCGCCCUCAAGGAGAAGCUGCGAGUAGAAGGCCCCUUGGUAGUCCACUGGGACGGGAAGCUGAUGCCGGAUCUCACCAGCAACGCCCACGUCGACCGCCUGCCCAUCCUCGUGUCUGGGGGAGGGGAGGUUCAGCUGCUGCAGGUGGCGAAGCUUCCCAGUGGAAGAGGGGCGAAUGAAGCGAAGGCCGUCGUGGAGGCGUUGGAGAAGUGGAGCGUCGCUGACCGGGUCGUGGGGAUGUCCUUUGACACCACCGCCGCCAACACGGGUCGCCACACCGGGGCGUGUACCCUGAUUGAGCGGCAGCUGAAGAGCGACCUCCUCUACCUCGCCUGCCGGCAUCACAUUCUCGAGCUCGUGAUCGAGGCGGUCUUCACGUCGGUGAUGGGGCCAACUACAGGGCCUGCUGUCCUGCUGUUCAAGCGUUUCCAGGAGAGGUGGCCCUUCAUCAACCAAGGCGAGUUCCAGCCGAUCGAGGAUGGAGCAGGAGAGGUCGACAUCGAGUGGUUCCUUCAGGCCCUGAAAGAGCGGACAGACCUUCGGGACGACUACCGGGAACUUCUGGAACUAACCGUCAUCUUUCUCGGCGGCGUACCUCCCCGCGGAAUCCGCUUCCGUGCCCCUGGCCCCAUGCACCACGCUCGGUGGAUGAGCAAGGUGCUGUACUCGCUCAAGGUGUGGCUGUUCAGGGAACAGGUCAAACUGACGCCGAAGGAGGAGCGCGGACUGUUGAGGGUGGCCAUGUUCUCCGCCCGCCUCUACAGCAAAGCCUGGACGCAAGCCCCACUUGCUGUCGCGGCUCCGCUCAACGAUCUUCAGCUGCUUCAGGCACUGGACGGGUACGAGGACGCGGAGGUCUCCAAGGCCGCGACAAACAAGCUCCUCGGCCACCUCUGGUACCUCUCGGAAGAGCUGGUAGCCCUGGCGUUCUUCGACGACCGGGUUUCAUCAGAAACAAAGAAGAAGAUGGUAGCGGCGAUUGAGGAGAAGGACGGCAACGACACAGCCCAGAAGCGAGUGACCAUUCCCGCUUCAGCGAUCAGCGGCUGCAGCCUUGAGGACUUCGUGACCUCCAAUACGUCCUCGUUCUUCUCCAAGAUGUCCAUCGACAAGGGAUUCCUGGCGUUGGAACCGGCAGACUGGAAGAAGGAUGAGGCGUACGGCAAGGCGUGCAAAGCGCUGGGGAACCUGUCGGUCACCAAUGACCACGCGGAACGAGGCGUCGCCCUGAUUCAGGAAUAUAACCGGCUCCUGACGAAGGACGAAGAACAACUGCAGUUCCUCGUCCAGGUCGUCGCGGACCAUCGGCGCCAGUUCCCGGACACCAGGAAGGGAACGCUUGCACGGACCGGGCGACAAUGAGUGGCUAGCAACCACACAACCCCCGCCAGGAGAGGAAAGCGGCUAAUACUCCCACGAGAGCAACGUGGGAGGGGGACCCGGAGUGCUUGUGACUAGCGUUCGAUGAGUAAAAUUUCAGAGUCGUUGAGCACCGUUUAAAUAUAUUCCGAUUUCAAUGAAACCUUGCACAGCACGUUUCUGGGUCAAAAGGAACAAGAAUCCGGGUUUGGAGCAUAGACAUUAUUCGUUUGAAAUUUCACCCCCCUACAGAGGGCCACCCUAAAGUACAUUGUUCAUACCCAGGGAUAUUUUGGAUUCAAGUGUUAGUAACAUGCCAGUAUGUAGUGGUCUGGGGCUGAGAAGUAGUGAAUUACGAGUAUAUGAAGCAAAUAAAUCUUUGCAAGUUUGUAUGAGUGGAAAUGCAGAAAAUAAAGUUGAAAGUGGACAUUGCAUGGAAUAUAACCAAAAUAUUCAAAGACUUUCUUCAAGGAGCUCUAUUAAUUUAGAGCCAUCUAACAUUGCAGCAAUAGACAAGUUAGGAGAAGCUCAGAUACUGCAGCUGAACAUUUCAGAAAAUGAUUUAAUUGCAGCAAAGUCAGCAUUUACCUUCCAGUCUGAGAAAAACACUGUAUCCACUCCUGUUACUUCACUUACUUCACAUCUUAUGAAUCUAAAUGAUGUGCCAACAGGGCUAGUAUCUGGAGAACAUGUGGUCUUUGGUCAUGACAUGGUAAAACUUUUAGACAUGAAUAAAAGCAUAGAGAUAAGGGUGCCAAAGACUAAUAAAAGAACAGAUAAAAAUAAAAAUAGUGUAAUUCAGUUUAAGAAAAGUACAAAUGAGAAGACUUAUCCAAAUAUGUUAAAAAAUAUUUCAUUGAAAACUUUCCCACCUAACAACACUUUCUGUCAAGAACAAGAUACUUGGGAGGUUCAGGCAAGGCAACAUGAUGCAUCCAAUGAAACUGCCAAGAGAAUCCAGGGUUCCUCAGAAGUCUUACCCAGAGAUGAGUACUCCAGAGCCCCUGAAGUCUACUUCUGUUGCCACUUCUGCAAACAGAAAUAUCCAUUAACAAAAGACAGGAUUCCAGACAUCAAUAAGCAUAUGAACCCAUCUAAUAGGUACAACCAAGUCCUCAAGAUUCCAGAGAGGCUGUCUUCUUCUUUCAGAGAGAAUGUCAGUUGGAGUGUCAUGGUUGCCAAGGAUAAGUCUAAAGCUCUGGUAAGAUUCUAGUUUUAUUUGGAGUUUCAGCUCUGCAGUAACAGGACAUGUUUAUUAUUCAAAGUAACUGACAAUGCCAUUUCUUUUUGUAUUACCAGUUCUUAAUAAACUAAUAAUUUGGA